AUGAAACCUGACGGGUCUCUGGAUGCUCCCUUCACUCUGGAUGACGACCCGCCUAGUCAUGUACCUGCGCCUACAGUGCGACGGCGCCAUCGCCAAACGCUUGACCAAGAUGGGCUUGAGGAGAUCUCCGACGCGCAGCAAGCUGCAGCUGCAUGGAAGGAGGUCGCCGCACGGAGACAAACGAAACAAAGACACGGGAAAAACAUGAGCAAUGAUACGUCUGGAGGAGAUAGUAGUACGAAGGACAGCAAUCUCACAAACAAACCGCGAGACCGGACGUCGUCAUCCACGAAGUCUGUUGAGAUUGUUGAUCUUUCAAUCGAUGAAGACGAACCGCCAGUAUCCGGACAAGCAACACAAUCAGGCGCAAGUACUAGAGUGAAUCAGCGUCCAAUUCAGGGACCACAGGGUUUUGUUCCUUUGCCUACUACGCGUCACGAAGCUGUGCUUCCUGAGCGAGCUAAGCCUGCUGAGUCUCCUAAGAGAACGAGUCGGAUAUUUUCUCUCCCCAUGGAAUCUCUGGCAACUCCGGCGUAUCACUCACAUCAUGCACCUCUAUCACCGGUCGCACGAACAGCGGGGCCAUUUUCGGGACCUUCAGAGCCCUCGACAACGCCGACUUAUCACUCACACUUUGUGCCCAGCUCAUCAGUGGUGCAAGCUACAGAACCAAGUGCGGAGCUUUCAAGGGGACCUUCAGCAAACCCAGUCUAUCAACCACGCUACCUGCCUCGACCAUCAGUCACACAAGCAGCGGGACCAAGUGCGGAAGUCUCCAAGAUUACGCCGCUGAACCGCUCGCCGUCAGCCACAUCGACACCAAGGACAGAACCGAACGUUACCACUCAAGCGAUACUGGAACAUGAGAAUCUUUUCCCUCAGCCUACGGACCGUGCGACAUCGGCCCUCGGAGCCUCAACCGACCGUACCGCACCCGUCUUGGACCAUGCCGUGGAUCCAUCGGCGCAGCCAACCAGUGAUAUUUCUGAGACUCCACGUGAACAAGCCCCUUUCAGUCGCGGAGAUACAGUUCCCGAGUCGGACGACGCGACACCGGACGAUGAUAGCGGCAGCAUGACUAUCCCCUUGCCUAAUAAGUCGCCCGAGCCAAGCUUUUCAGCAAUACAAAGACUGCCGCAGAAACAGAAAGCCAUCAAGUCAGUGAGACGAAGAGAUGAUGGGUUCUCGGGUUCACAGCUGCCUGUCAGAUCACCGCGUCAGUCUGCGACUGAUCAUCGGGACGUAACAAACUUAUCCUUCAAGCCUCUCGACCUGGGCUCGAGUAAGUCGAGGUCCGGGUCGCCUGUGGUAACACGUCGUAGCCAAAGCAAAACUCCAACGAUAGACACUAGUAUCAUUGCUGAUAGCGCGCCUGUGCAGACGGAAGAAGAAUCCGUCAGGGCUGCCAGUCCUGUGGAACGCAGCACAACGCCGACACAAUCGCCGCCACCGCCACCUCACGAUGAGGCAGGCGAAACUGCACCGGGGCGUGCCAUUAGCUCGACACCUUUACUGUCCCGUUCUGCCACCCCUACUGCCCUGCGUCCUGUCGAAGCAUCAGCAGAGCCGACCCGGCCCUCUGAAGCGCCAUUACCAGUCCCCGAAAUUAUGAUCCCAGAUGUACCAGCUCCGGCAACAGUCGUCAGUGCUCAUCCAACCAUCCAACCCGAACACCUUCGGGUGCCUGUCGAGAACGAUGGUGGUAGAACAAGCAAGAAGCCCCCACUGCAAGCAGAUGUGCUCGUCACUACACGCUCAGCUGUAGAAGCGUGUUUGAAACGUCAUGUGGCGGAACGACAUGAAUUACAUGCAUACCUGAUGGAGACGAAGAUGCGGAAUCAGAGAACGUUUCAAGAACAAGACCUACGCGCCCGGUCCCGUAAGCAGAAGCGUCCACAACAGCCAAUCCUACCCGAAAGGUACAUUCAGAAGACUUCCCCCUUUGAGAACAUGCGUGCUAUACAAGUGCCGUUCGACAGAGCCAACGCCAAGCGCCUCGUGGAUAUGAGUCAGGAAACAUUCAUCAAGGCCAAACCCAAGGACACAGUGGUCAAGUCAGGCUUAGCCGUGCCCACUACAAAGUACAAGAGUGAUGCGCCAAAAAUUCCUCCUUUCAAAGAGUAUGUCAGUCUGAGGAACAAUGUUCUUAAAGACAAUGAGUCAAAACUACUCGCAACACCCUAUUUCCAGGACGAAGACUAUCGUGGUCGCGAGGUUCUGCUGGAUACGCUUCCUUAUAUGUACGAGAUGACGCAUGACGAGAAGGGGCCGCUAGACUUCCGUAAGGAACAGUGCCGGUUCUACGAUAAAGCCAUCGAAGCAUUCCUGUCUGAGGUAGGCAUCACGUGGAACGAUAUCCUGUUUUGGUUACUGGCCCAGGAUGAAGACCUUGUACGAAUCAACGACUCUUUGAAUGGAAGCAAGCAGUUUGAAGCACAGCUCCUCGAAAGAUCACGAUAUCACAUUGAGGAGUUUGAGAGAGACGGUGAGCCGAAGAAGGCUAUUCUGUUUGACCGGAACAACAAAAAGUGGGAAGAGUUCGUCGCACAGCUUGAAGAGCCGAUCCCGAGUGCUCUGAGACUUGCGGCAACAGCUUCUGCAGCGGUAUUCAAAGAAUGUGAAUUCAGCAUCUGGUACCUGGCUCAACAGUCCAAAGCUGUACAGAGUCUCAUACGGAAGAAGUCUGCACAUGAGCAGUCUUCCAAGCACUCAACGUACAAAAAGAUCAUGUGCAGAGUAUGCCAUCAACACGAUUGCCUUCUUCAUGGCGAGAUUAGACAAAUACCCGAGGAUUCCUGGAAGACGGACUCGGAAGACGAAGAACGCGCUACACAGGCAACUGAUGAUACCAGUCGUCGAGGCUCCAACAACAAAACUCCGCGCCGUGUGUCGAACUUUAGCAGAGACGACACCGACGAUGAGAACGAACCCGGCGACCCCUUGCCCGCACAUUUUGACUCCGACUCCGACAUUGAGAAGGUCAUAAACUAUAAGCUUCCUGCAAACCCAAGCGCUUUCGAGUCUUGUUCAGAGACGGAGAUGAUUACUCCCAAAGGUGCAAAACCGCCACCUGAGCAGGAAGUUGAUGCGACAUACAUGGGUAACAAACUACGCUUCAUCAACAAUGCCGACGACAAGUACACGAACUGCGGCCCUAAGAACUUGCUGUGCAACACGGUCUUUCGCAUCGCGCUCUUCGCCACCAGAGACAUCAAGGCAGGCACCGAACUGUUUUUCAACUACAACUAUCCCAAGGAGAAGACAGAGCAAUUCAAACAGCCGAAUGCCAAGAUCGUCGCGGUCAAACAGACCAAGCAAAAGACGAAGAAAAGGGAGUCACUCACCAGUCUGAGCCAGCCCAUCGAGGACCGCUCACGUAUCCUUGCCGCCACAGCAAAAGCCAGAGAGGCAAAAGCAGCGAAGCGGAAAGAGGCCAUGCUGCAAGAGGGCGGCGGGGAGCCAGCCACAAGAAGGCGCUCUGGAACACUUCAAGCACGAAAGGCAGCUACGAGCAAACCCGGACGCAAAGCAGUGCGAAAGUCCAAGCGCGGAGGGCUCAAUAGGAACGAGUCCACAGGUUCAGAUACGGGUAUGGAUGUAGAGGCAAGCGACCCCGAAAUCCCCGAAAUUCCUCCCGUUAUUGAGUCGCAGAGCACUCAGACUAGUCUGUACGUCCAGGACACGGAGGCGGAAGACGACGAGUUCAUCUUGCCGGAUACCCAAGAAGACGAAGAGCAGGAUGUGGCUGAGCCGGCCUCUGAGGAUGAUGAACCGCCCGGUCGAUCUACGAGGUCUCGUCGUGGGCCGGGUCGACCGCGUAGGAGGGCGUCGGAUGUGGCGCCGGUGGUUGCGGUCAAGCAGGCGGUUAAGCAGGCGGCCAAGCAGAAGAAGUCGAAGAUGGGUGGUGCACGACCAGGUGCUGGCAGGAAGAGAAAACGACCCGUUAUUGCUAACAGCGAUGAUGAGUGA